GUAUGUUGGGGAUAUGGUCACUCUAAGUUAACUCAUUUUACAUUUUAUUUUAGAGUCGCUAAUUUGACGCACAUUUAUUUUACUUAAAUUUCAGGCAUAAAAUCCAUGCUUAUACACCACGAUUAUUAACAGUUCGCCAAAUACCGAUUACACCCUCGUUAGGCUGCCUAUCGAACUUAUCGGUCCUAGCUGAACCUAGCUAAGCGUCAGUCUUGAACAUUUGGAUCCAAAUAUUCUGGAUUUGCAAUUUGCAAAGCGUCUGCAUAGAAUCUGGGCUUUAAAAUGGACUUCAAUUACCAUGUGGAUUCGGCACUUACCACUUUAUUGGAAAACCAAAAGUUCUUCAAAGAAAUGGCAGAAGUCGUGUCCGAUUUCAGUGAUGGCAGGGAGAUCCAGAAGUUGUUGGACCAGAACGUGGAUCUCGCCGAGAAUCUCAUCCGAAUGAAGAGCAAGCACCAAUUGCUCAGCAAGGCUAUGAAGCAUGCCAAAAACUCUAGCAACACCAUCGAGAAGUUCGAGGAAGUCUGGAAGGAGCGCUCCGAAGCGGUGGAGCAGAAGCGCAUCGAUGUCAAGAACUCAGCCGAGUUCAAAAACUUCAUGAAAGCGGCAGCUCCCCAGGCGGGUGCGGAAACAAAUGGUCAAGCGAAUAGCGCCGCCCAUGACGAGGACCUUAUCAUGGAAGCCACCGGCGGCGAGGUCUUCUCGCUCUACGAUCCCUGGUCCAAAGCCUUGAUAAAGAACCCCGUGCGCAACAAAAAGUGCGGCCACAUCUACGACCGCGACUCGGUGAUGCUGAUCAUCACGGACAACAUUGGUAUUCGAUGCCCAGUGCUCGGCUGUCCCAACAGGUCCUACAUCCAUCCAGCGCACCUGGUCAAGGACUCCAACCUACAGCAGAAGUUGCAAGAGCGCAUGUCUGACGCGAUCGAGAAAGAAACUUCCUCGGAGGAGGACGAUGAACAGGCAGAUCAUUAAUUAUGCGCAACUUCCUUCUUGUCGACUAAUAACGCAGCGUAAGAUAUCACGUUCUUGUAAGACAACCAUUUGAUGAAAAUUUAAGGUACAACGAAUAAACAUGUUUUAAAAAUAGUCCCGAAAAAAUUUAGAGAAAAUAUAUUAGAAGUGCAGUAUGCACGUAUGU